AGCGCAUCAGUGUGACCGUUAGUGAGUUAGAGUGUGAGAUGGAAGUGAAGCUGCUUCUCACUGUUUUCAUGCUCCUCGUACGGGCUUCACUCUCAGUGUGGCAGCGUGUGACCGUGAUGAAAGGUCAUACUCUCCACUUGAGCUGCCCCAUCACUAACCACAAGACCAUGACGGAGUGGAGGAACCCAAAAGAAAACAUUAUGUUCUUUAAUGGCCAUAGAGUUUUAAAGAACAAGCGCUACAGGAUCGACAGACUGUCCAUGUCAGAGUUCUCCAUCAGUAUUUCCAACGUCACCUUCAAAGAUGGAGGCAUCUACACAUGUUCCCACUACGGCGACAACACAAUAGAGAAGAAAGUGGAGGUGACCGUGUUAGGUCUUCCUAAAAUUAGCGUAACAAACCACGAGGGACAGUUGGUCGUGAAAUGCACCGCUGAGGGGAACCACCAUCCUCCACAGAUCUCCUGGACACUGGACCAUGGGCCUGAAUUUCAGACUCAUGCCCAAGUCCAUGUUGAAGAGGACAAAUUUGUCUCCACGGGUUUGAUUCAUGUUCAGCCCGCGAGGAACGGAGUGACUGUGAAAUGCCUCGCUCGUCAUCCAGCCCUGCACUCGCCACCUCUGAUGGACUUCAAAAUUGUCAGACUUGGACGACAGCCAACGAAACUCAACACCACAACUGUGUCCAUCACUCAUCCUCAAGGGUCAGCAGAGGUGCCGAGGACGACGAAUGGUCACGGGUCCAGACAUGAAGACACGACAACAGUGUCCCUCACAAUCACAGACACGAAUGAGCCUCCGUCGGCGGUCCCUGAGGCGUUAUCGGCCACCCCCUCCACUAAGACGAUCACAGCACCCACAAGGUUUCAUGUGACCCCGGUGACAUCGACAGGCUCGCAUCUCAGCACGACGAACCGCACGUCUGUGUCUGAGACAACAGAGGAGAUUGUGUCCUACAACGGCACAGAGAAAAACACAACAGGAAGCAUCGAUGAUCCACGUACACGAAGAGGAAAUAGGGGAAAUUCAUCGUUGCUGAUCUUCCUGGUGACGUGCCUGAUUUUCUUUCUUCUGGUGGUGGUCAUAUUCUUUGCCAUCAAGCUGAGGAGAGCACACAACGUCUGGAGGAAAGUUUAUAUUGUUACAGAGAAUGAGGAGUCUGAUCCUUCAGAAGACAGCAGUAAAUCCAAAUCGAGUAAUGAGGACAAGAACGGCAAAGGACAAAGACAAAGAGGACUCUUCAACAUAACACAAGCAUUUACACAGUACGUCACUGAGGAACCAGUAGUGACACCGAACCCAGACACUAUGACACAAACACACAUUGUCGACAUGGAGCAGACGUUACAGCCUCAGAUUUCCAACAACAUAAAGGAGACGGAGUUAUGAAUCCUGUAGAAUAAAUCGUCUAUAAAAUGUUUAUAAUUGAAGAUCUGUUGUGUCCUGUAUAAAUGCUACUGUUUGUUUAGGUGUAAGAAUAAAUUAUAUUUUUUAUAACUUCUGUAGAAAGAUCAAUGGUAUUUUUUGCACAUUAUCUGUAGCUUUUUUGACUUUUUGCUGCUAUUAUCUUUUCUUAACCCUCAGGCGUCAUUAUUUCUUCUUGAUCUGGCUUCAUUUUGGCUGUGUAAGUGCAUUUGGAACAAUAUUUUCAAAAACUGCUAAAAAUAAAUAGUAGAUUCAUUUUUCUUUCAGCUUUUUUGGGUUAAUUUGCUGGAUCAACUUCAGUCCUGAAA